CCAAGCCGUCCGAUCAGCGAGAGGUAUUGAACCAACGGUUCAUGAUUGUAUUUGAUCGUGAGAUAACCACACACACUCGGUCACAGCCGCAGCCUUCCGGAGUUUCCUUGGCAGCAGUUGCCAAUCGCGCCGUGGGAUCUCGUCGAACGGAGCGGGCGGCGACGGCGAUGUCAAGGGAGGCGACGAGGACGAGGAGCCGGGUCCUGGUGGUCGGCGCCACCGGCCGCCUCGGUGGAAGCAUCGCUCGGGCCAGCCUCGCCGCGGGCCACCUCACCUUCGCGCUCGUGCGGCCCCACCACUUCGCACGCCCCGACUCCCCCUUGCUCGAGCCGCUCGUAGCCGCCGGCGCCACUCUGCUCCAGGGGUCACUGGAAGAUUACUCGAGCCUGCUCGAGGCGGUGCGUCAGGUGGACAUUGUCAUCUGCGCGGUGCCCACGAAGCAGGUGCUCGAGCAGAAGCCCCUGAUUCGGGCUAUAAAGGAUGCUGGAUGCGUGAAGAGAUUUAUUCCAGCAGAAUUUGGAGCAGAUCCAACAAAGGUUCAAAUUUGUGACAUGGAUUAUGGCUUCUAUGAGAAGAAAAUUGAAAUCCGCCAUUCAAUAGAGAGUGAAGGCAUUCCUCAUACCUACAUAUGCUGCAACUUCUUUAUGCGCUAUUUGCUUCCUUCACUGGUGCAACCUGGCCUAGAUGCUCCUCCUAGAGAUGAAAUCAAAAUAUUCGGUGAAGGAAAUACUAAAGGUGUUUUUGUUAAAGAGAAUGAUGUUGCUAAAUUUACAAUUUGCACCAUAGAGGAUCCCAGGACAUUAAACAAGACGUUAUAUCUGAGGCCUCCAGGAAACGUCUGCUCAAUGAAUGAAUUGGCUGACCUCUGGGAGACAAAAAUCAAGAAAUCCCUGAAAAGAUUCUAUGUAACAGAAGAGCAACUUCUUAAAGAAAUCCAUGAUGCUCCAUUUCCCUUGAAGAUGGAUCUAAUUUUCAUAUAUUCAGCAUUUGUUAAGGGUGACCACACAUUUUUUGAAUUUGACUUGUCAACUGAAGGAACUCAACUAUAUCCCCAUGUAAAUUAUACAACAGUGAACGAGUACUUGGAUACUCUAGUUUAGAAUAUUUGGUCGAUGUAUAUCUUUCUUGUAAGUCAUAAACAAUGCCUUUUUUGUGUCAAAUGGAGUAUUAAAAGGAGAGUGAUGGAUACCUGUCCAUCUUUGUUUGAUCUGACAA